GGGGAGGUGUUGAAUGCAGCGACGUCCCACUUUUGAAAUGCUUCAUAAGUGGAGACAAUGUCCGUCAACAGGUUCAGUUUGGUUGCGUGGUGUUACGGGAACGGAAGUAUCUUCUACGGAUUUCUUAAUAUUGUCGUGGCGGUGAACAAAUUUCUUCAAGCAUAUUGGAUUAUACCAGCCAGGCUGGCAGACAGUGAAUUGGAUUUGGAUUAAUAAAGUGUUAAAUACAACAUAAUAAUAAAUAGUGGCAGUGUGUAGAAAGUGAAAUUCGAUCCUGACAUAAAAACAACGAAUUAAAAAGAAAUAUCGAAAACACACAUCGAAGAGGAUACAUGCAUUAAAAAAAACGAAAAUACAAUAUUUUUGAAAAAAAAAAACGCUUCAGUGCCAUUCGAAUUAAAAAGAAAUAAGGUGUCGCAAAAAGGAUAAUAAACAUUUUUAAAUUAUGACUAUUAAGCUAAAAAUAUUAAGUGAUGAUGCAGAAACUUCAAAACCCCGACCGCACCGAAAAUGGAAUCGCCUGAUAAUGACAAAAAUAUUUGCAUUGUCGGUUAUUGUUCUUUUGAUUUUGUUGACAUCGAUUGUCUACCAUGGCAUUGUCUUGGAAAGGAUGGACAAACUUAAGGAAAUAAUGGCAUUGAAUGUAAGACAUGAACAAAGUAUAAACCCCUCUAGUACCGUCUUAAAAUUAACAUCUGAACCACAGUUGAAGGACAUAAGGGGGAGAGAAGUAGCAUACCGGAAUUACAAAAAUGUGCAAUUAAUAGGUUCGGCUAAAUAUUCCAAACUGCAUAUACAGCAUAAGCGUUUACAUUUUCGGAGGCAUAAACGCGAUGAUGGUCGCGACAUCGACGUAAAUAGUCCCAUGAAAUUUCCAGGUGAACUCAAUGACAUGGAUAUAGAUUUGACCAAUGAUUAUGUGGAAAAUGUUAAUGUUGAUAGCAUCGAAAACAUCAAAGUUCCACCUGAACUUUAUAGUCUGGAUCCGAUCAGAGUACAACAGGAAUCAUUGGAUCUGAAAAGCCUCUAUGCCAAGGUACGUAAUAAACGCACCAAACUUGCCAUCAACAAACUGGAAACGGAAUACAGACGCUGCAAAAAAGAAUCUCAGGCCAGCAACGAUUGCAUGGUGGCCUUCAUGAAGAUGUACAACUUAGCCAAGGAGAUCAAUGAGAAAAUGGAGAAAAUGAAAGCCAUCUUUAAGGACAGCGAACAAUUGAUGCAAUUAUCGUCGGAUAGUAAUGGAUCCAAGGAGAGCGAGGGUUGGGAGACCACAGAGGGCAGGCAUACAUCAACAAUGAUUGUUCGACCAUCAACAACGGAAACCAGUGUUGUCACAGAGACGACAACGACCGGCUCCACCACUGUCUCACCAACCGAGGAGAACACCACUAACAAAAUGACGAAAAUUGAACCAGUACAGAUUAGCUGGAUUUUGGAUGGGUUCGAUGAUGUGUCACAGGAUGAGGGGGAAUUUGCUCUCUUGCCAGAGUUGGUAACAGCUCCUCCGACUCACGCGACUACUACAAUGUCAAAUUUGUCGACUGUCACAGGUGAAGAAGUUACCACAACUGUCUCUACCGACAAUUCCACAGAUACUGAAACUUGGAAUAUGGUCACUGGUGUUUCGGGCAAAAUUACGCUUGCUGCCGAUGGACUAUUGAAUGCCACCCAAACGGAUCUGCAAACCACUGCAACAACUCCACAAGGUAUAGAUCCAGAAACAGAUGCUCCCAGUACAACGCCAAGAGCAGAAAAAUCUCAACAAAUCAGUUGGAUCCUAGAUUUUCAAGACAGUUCGGAGAAUUUUAUUAUAACCGAUGAUCAUUUUGAGGAUGUCCGGGUUACGGAGGCCACUACCACGGCAAUGGUGCCAUUGACCACGGAGGUGCUUAUCUCAACACCAAGUACCACCGAGGAAACCAGUUUCAGUGUAACUUCCAUUUCAACAGAGGCACCAUCGAUCACAAUAACGAAUACUCCGGCCUCAGAGAAUACCACAACAUUGUCGACCAAUUUUACAUCCACACCAGAGCCAACUAGUCCGGACGACAAAGAACGUAAACUGCAAUUUGAAUGGAUUAUUGAUGGAGAAGAAAUUCCCGAUGAGACAACUCAUGAGAGUACGACCAAUGGCGAAAUGACGACCACCGAUAUACCAACAAAUACAACAACUCUGCAGUACCCGACCAAGCCUAAGCCGAUUAAAUUUAGUUGGAUUAUUGACAGUGAUGCCAAUAGUGGUGAGAAUAAAUCAUCCACAAUGUCCCCACCAAAACAGAUCGAAGACAAAUCGAGUAACCAAACCUCGGCUCGAGUCUGUAAUUCCACCAUGGAAAAAUCGUCGAAUGAGGAAAAUCUCUGCAUUCUAAAUUCUGAAGAAAAUGCCCAGCGUUCCUUCGGCGAAGAGGAAGAACAUCCAUUGGAUAAUCCCAGUAGUUUGGAGAACAUGUUGGAGACAUUAGAACGACAUUCGCUGACAUCGACAAAAUCAGUUCAGGUCACUACGGAUAGGACACUCGCUGUGCUAACAACCGAAUCGUACAAUGCCACCAACAUGGAUGCCUUGGAACACUUGGAGUGGGAAAAGAGAUUUCAGCAGGCGGCCGUUAUGGGAAAUCAUGACGAUAUUUUGGAUACAUUCGGAGAGAUGGAUUACAAGAGUGUCUCGAAAUUUGGUCCGAAAAUAAAUCCAGUUAAUCCGAAUAAUUUUGCAGCUGAUAACCAAUUUAUGAGUCUAUGCGAGCGCAUGGCAAAGAGAAUGCGUGACAAAGGAGCCUCAGCUAGUGGACAACAACAGCAACAGCAGCAACAACAACAGCCACAGCAACCAAAACCGGAAGCUGAACCGGAAACAUAUACGCCAUCAUCGGUACAAUUUACUAGCCGUGGACCGGUUGGUGGUUUUCCCGUUACCGGUGAGACUAUGAAGGCAUCCGCCCAAUUUAUGUUUAAUCCUAAUUUCGGAAUGCCCUCCAUACCCAUAUGCUUCUAUGUAUCGCCGGCCAAUGUGCGAAUGGUAAACCAGGUGCCUCUGUGGACACCAUCAUUUUUUGGCAUGGCUGGCGGUUUUGCUGGAUCAAAUCCUGGCGGGAGUGUGGGUGGAGGGGCUGGAGGACCUGGUGGUAUAUUCUUUGUGCCACAAAAUUUUGGAACAACUGGUAAUUUCUUUGGUCAUUCGGCGGGUACAGCGGGAGGAGCACAAAGUAAUAUUCCAAAUAUAUUCUCGAAAAACGCCUCACCCCAAAAACAGCAGCAGCAACAACAACAAAGUCACCAACAAAAACAACUAUUUUGCACUUAUGUCAACAAUCAUGGUAAUGUUGGGGGUCAGGGCGGCGUUGUUGGUGGCGUCAGUGGACCAGCGAAUACCGUCAGUGCCAUGGGCUUCUCAAAUGCCAACUUCAAAAUGCGCACUCAUCAGGCAAACAGUAGCUUGUCCUCGGACAUUAUAUACGCGUCCUAUGCUGAUCUGCCCGAUCAUUUGGGCCACGAAGACCACUUCAAAUGUGUGAUAUCGGGACAGAUUGCAUGCUAUGGAGGCAAUGAGUGCAUCAUGGAAAGCGAGUGGUGCAAUGGCAUGGUUCAGUGUAGCGAUGGCAGUGAUGAGGCUGCCUGCACUUGUCGCCAGAGAAUGCCCGAUGAUCGCAUUUGCGAUGGCUAUCCCGACUGUCCGAUGGGUGAAGACGAGAGAGGCUGUUUCGGAUGCGACGAGUUUAUGUAUUCCUGUUACGACAACCCACAUGAAUUCGAAAUGAAUAAUCGUUCCAUGGUGUCGAUGUGUUAUAGUCUGUUGGAGAAAUGCGAUGGCUUCCGGAAUUGCUUAAACGGUCGUGAUGAAAUGGAUUGCAGUAUUAUUGUCAAUGAUGUGACACAUCAUAUGUCACAUUCGGCAUCAUCAUCUGAGGGCUAUUUGUAUCGCAAUCAUCGCGGCGAAUGGUAUCCCGUUUGCAAUAACGGAGAAAGUUGGGCUUUGGAAGCUUGCAAAAAUGAAGGUGGCCUCAGUGGUAUGCCAAAGUUGUCUUUCAGACCGUUAUCCCUCGCGGGUCCAUUUAUUGAACCGGCUCGUAUUGGAAGUGCCCAUUUCCCGCAGUCAUGUCAUAAACGAAAUGGUCACGAUGAACUUGUGGAUCAUAUAGCCCAUGUUAAGUGUAUGCCGCCACAAUGUGGUGUCCUGUGGCAGAACCCUUCGGGUGUUACAUCGAAAUAUUCCAAACGGCUGGGCAGGCUGCAAUCAUUGGCCGGUAAUCAAACAAAGCGCGAAAUAGAAAAUGAUAAUGAACGCAUUGUGGGUGGUGUACACAGCAAACCGAUGGAAUGGCCGUUUGUUGUGGCCCUAUACAGAAAUGGAAACUUUCAUUGUGGCGGUACCAUUCAUUCGGAACAUUGGAUCAUAAGUGCCGCCCAUUGUGUUAUAAAUUACCACAAGUACUAUUACGAAGUACGUGCUGGGCUAUUGAGACGAACCAGUUUCUCGAUGGCCACACAAAUCCAACCAGUGUCCCACAUCAUUGUGCACCAGGCCUACGAACGUCGAAGCAUGAGAAAUGACUUGUCUCUGUUGCGCAUGGCCAAGCCGCUGCAAUUCAAUCGUUGGGUGAAACCAAUCUGCUUACCUGAUAUUCAGCGCACAACGGGCGGUGACGAUUGGAUAUGGGGUCCAAGAGAAAAUACCCUUUGUACAGCGGUUGGCUGGGGGGCUGUCAGAGAAAAGGGCCCAGGAAGUGAUUCACUACGUCAGGUGACAAUUCCCAUACGAAAAGGAUGCAUCGAUAAAGAAGACCAGGAAGCAGAAGAUAUUUGCGCUGGCGAUGAGGAAGGGGGACGUGAUGCAUGUCAAGGUGACUCAGGCGGACCGUUGUUCUGUCGCAGUGUAACCUCACCUGAAGAAUGGUAUUUGGCCGGCGUCGUUAGCCAUGGCAAUGGUUGUGCUCGCCCAAAGGAGUUUGGGGUCUACACAAGAGUUGCCCUCUAUUUGGAUUGGAUUGCUAUGGCCAUGCGUACAGAGUUUUUGCCAAAAAUACAACCUCACAAAUUAUGUCCCGGAUAUGUAUGCGUGUGGGGUGGCAAACGUUGUAUACCGCAAAGGAAACGAUGUGAUCGCAUUGUCGAUUGCUUGGGAGGUGAAGAUGAAGUUGGAUGUAUUUACAAUUUUAUACCGGACAUGGGUGCCAUGCGGGAGAAUACAACAGAAAGUGACUAUCAUCCGGUGGUGACAACACCAGUCAAUGAAAUAAGAGCGUUCGAGACCGAGGAUGAUCAACAAGCGGCGGAAACGACAAGUAUUGAACCAUUGCCCCUUACAACUUCAACAAAUGUCGAUGAAACAGAUGAUUCCACGACGCCUAGAGAAGUAACGGACACGAUAACAAUCGAUGAAAUUAUAACAACUACCACAGAUUCCGAACAACCAGCCUCAACAAUUACCCCCGAUAACGAGAAUGUUAGUGAAGCAUCGACAACAAAACUAGAAUCUGUAACGGCGGGUCAUCCAACAACUCCAGUUACUGGUGAUGCUACGCACGAAGAAUCGGGAGAUAAACUAACAACACUGGACCUGAAAACAGAUUUUGUGGAUGAUGCCACAACCGAUGCCCCCGAAUCCAUGGGAUCAACAAUACUGACUGAGAUAACAUUUUCGGUUGCCGAGUCAAGAAUGACUUCGAUGAGCACAGACGCACCUUCAACUAUUGCAAUAGCUAAUGCGACUGUGUCUCUCCCCCCGGUUCAGUCUUCAAACGUUACAAGAAAAUUCGUUUGCCGAAAAAUACCACAAAUAAUUGAAAUGGCAAACAGGUGUGACCGUUUUGUGGAUUGUGAGGAUGGUACAGAUGAGGAUGACUGCAGCUGUCGUGACUAUCUAAAGGGCAAACUAAGCAUUUUAAUUUGUGAUGGAAAAUCUGAUUGCGAGGAUUUGACCGAUGAGGAUGACUGCGGUAACUGCAAUUCUGAGGAGUUCUUAUGUCCCCUGACAAGGAAGUGUAUACCCUUGGCAAAGCGUUGUGACAACGUCGUUGAUUGUCGCUUUAAGGAAGACGAAAAGGACUGCUUUGCUUUAACCAAUGGAAAGGAAAUCUACUUGGAUGGCAAUCGACAACCGAUCCUCAGCAGUGCUGGCAUUUUUUCACGUAACGCCAAUGGCGUAUGGCAUAUAGUCUGCACCCAUGAGACGCCCUAUGGCGAUCACAAUGCCAAAGUAGCUGGUGAGGUGUGUUCUUUGCUCGGCUUCAAGGGUUACAGUUUUUUCAACACCACAAAACCAACAAUUUUUGAUCACAUUAUCCCCAUAAGCCCCGACUUGCACUUGGCACCCCGUCUGGGUGGUGAAAUCCAGAAUACUGUCAGUGAUAGUGAAUAUUUUUCGGCGAUGCAAAGUGUCUACCCCUCCUAUAGGAAUUUGAGAACAAUUCGUAUUGAACAAUCGCAGGAAGCUUGUUUGGGAUUGUAUGUUGAGUGUAUUGCUAAGUCGAAUAGAACGGAACCAGUUAAGACCUUAAGUGCGGGUCAACCGAAACCCAUUGAAGAAGAAAAACAAACCGAAACGUUGCAGCCUUCCAUCGAACCCCAUAAUAAACCGAAUGUCUUUGUAAAACCUGAGCUGCCCAAUGAGGACAAGAAGAAGGAGCCUUCAAAGGGCGAAUCUGCAAACCUAAUGGAUCCAAAGAAAAAUAUGACAAUACUGGUUGAUCAGCAGCUGCAUGAGAUUAUUGAAGAACUUCACUGGCCCUGGCUGGUUGAUGUCUAUGCCAAUGGUAAACUGUGGUGCCUGGGCGUUUUAAUGGAUAAACAUUGGAUAAUGGUGCAUGAGUCCUGUAACUUUGGCAUAAGAUUGAAUUUGGAUUAUGUCUCCGCUUUGUUUGGUGGCGGUAAGACCAAGAGCAGAGCUCACAAAAGCAAUCACGAGGAAAUACGUCGCAUCGAUUGCCUGGAGGUCAUUCCGAAUAGUGACAUUUUAAUGAUGCACUUGGAGAAACCAGUCAGAUUUUCCCAUUUUAUUUUGCCUACAUUUAUACCAGAUAGUUCCAUUUUAGGUGACAAACACGAAUGCAUUGCUGUUCUACACGAAAACGAAAAUGGACGAACGAAAACUGUUGCCUUAGAUGAGCUGAACAAUUCUGAACUUUGCAUUACUAAAGGCAUGAGCUGUUAUCGUUUCAAUGAAAAUAAAUCAGCGGUCAAAUUACUUCGGGAUUCGGAUAAUUUGAUAGAGGACAAUUCGGCAGAGACAAGUUCACAAGAGACCGGCGGCAAUGAAGUAAUUUCCAUUGCAACCAAUUGUACGCAAUUCGGUAGUAAGCAUGCAAGUUCCAGUGGUUUGGAACCAAUCGAUCAAGGUAUUACGGUUUGCCGCAACAACAACACAGGUUGGUAUCCGAAUGCUCUUUUCUCGUACAACAACACAAAAUGUAGUAGUUUCAAGCAGUAUUUUGCGAUACGAAAUCUCGACGAGGCCUAUCAGGCUAUACAGGAUGUAUUGGAUAAUUCACAGUGUAAAUUCCCAUAUGAGACUCCUUUCUGCUCUACAUUAAGAUGUCCUUUGGGACUAUGUUUAAAUACAACCCAGAUUUGUGACGGUGUAUCGGAUUGUCACGAUGGCAGUGAUGAGCUUCCCGAAAAAUGUCGUCUUUUACGCAAUGCUUGUAGCCCUUCAGAAAUGAAAUGCCGUACCUCUGACAAGUGCGUACCAAAGUCGAAGUUUUGUGAUCAUAUUGCCGAUUGUGAAGAUCUAACCGAUGAACCCACGAUAUGUUCCUGUUUUACAUAUUUAAGAGCAACUGACCCUUCAAAAAUAUGCGAUGGAAUACGAAAUUGCUGGGAUAAAAGUGAUGAAAGUCCUGUUUUAUGCAACUGUACAGCCGAUCGUUAUCCAUGUGGACCAUUGGGUGAGGAAUGCAUUCCACGUGAAUUCGUUUGUGACAAAGAAGUGGAUUGUCCCAAUGGCGAAGAUGAACGUUAUUGUUAUGGCCUAGAACAACCGACAAUUGCACACAAGCAGGGUGGAGCAGCACAUCGACCCUCAUAUGGCCAGGUGAUUGAACAGAGCUAUGGUGUUUGGCAUACAAAAUGUUUUCCCAAAUCGAGUCCACCAAAUAUGCAGGCGGUUAGUCAAAUAUGCACCAAAUUGGGUUACAAUCCAUAUCAGCAGCCAAGUUAUCGUCUGAUUGAUGACAGCCUCAACGAAGUUGUCGACAUACGGGAGGCUCCAGAUCAACGCGGGCGUUCCUUCAGCAAUGCAAGUAUAGCUGAACUUUAUAGACCGCCUACCAAGGCUGUUGUGGCCAAUAAAAUGUCACCGCUGAUGUUAAACGAUGACCUAAUCAUUUUUAUGAAACCAAGUCGACCGAUUGCCCGACUCGAACGUUGGAAUUCAACCGACUCUGAGAGCUGUUUAAGACUAGAAGUAAAAUGUUAAUAGGAAUUUUGUAAAUUAUAUUUAAUUUUAAAUUAUUUAGAUAAUAGAGUAGGAAGUUUACACUUUUUUUUUACAAAAAUAAAAUCGAGAUGUGUUAGUAU